UAGCCGCUCAGUAUCCAGCAGCAGUCGUAGCGCAGAGAAACUCGUGAUCCGUCCACAUACCAAUGACAGGGACACGAAACUUACAAACAUGCGCCUGGAUAUUGACUGAUAUUUGGCUGACUAGUCUUCUCUGUCUUUAUCGCCAACGCUUUGUGAAGCUAUCUGUGAUCUGAAAAGCGCAAUAACUUAACUCUCGGAUAUGGAUCCUGAUCGACUGAAACGAAGAGAAGAGAUUCAGAAAGCACUGAGCUUUAUCCAGUCAUCAUUGCCUUUUCCAGAGCCAGAGAAUUAUGAGCCAUUUCUGACCCAGUUGGUGUGUAACUUGCUGGAUGAGGGCAAUUCUUGCUUUCGAGACGGGGAUUGGCGCCAGGCCUCCCAGCAGUAUGGCGAGGGGAUAAGUGUUGCCCGCUAUGCCCAGGCUGAGGCCCUCAUCAUCCCUCAUGAGCUGCUGGAGAGCCUCUACGUCAACAGGGCUGCUGCCUACUACCAGACGAGGGAGUAUGAGCGAGGUAUUCAGGACUGUGACAGUGCACUGUAUGUGUCAGAAGGCAGUCGCAGGGCUUUGUACCGCAAAGCACUUUGUCUACGGGAGCUGGGACGACUCCGAGAGGCCUAUGAGUGUGGAACCAAAUGUCUCCUCACAGCACCACUUGACCAACAGGUGAGUGACCUGGCCCAGGAUCUCGCCAAUAAACUGGGCCUGAAGGGCCGUAAAGCUUAUGUCAGCCCUCAGACAGAGUCCACAGCCAGUGAGGGGGAGAGUCUCGGGGAAACUUCCCCACCCACAGGAGAGAUGUCCUCCAAUGGGCUGGAAUCUCUGGGUGACAUUGGAUCAGGGGACAUUUCCAGUGCACAGUGCAUCCCAGCUCCUUUGGCCACGCCCAUCCCAGUCAGCGACGAACCGGCGACUCCUGUCGUGACCCCAUGCACCGACCUGUCAGAGAGCCCCAGCAGCCAGUCCCUGCCUCCCAUGCCGUACUCUGUCCCAGUGUCCGAGCACAUGGAAGAGAGUCUGCUGGAUUGCAUCCCAAAGAAAGUCAGUGAGAGUCCAGUCCAGGGUGCUAUCCCAACCAACCUUCCCAACACAGCGGUUGCUCUCCGGCCUCCGUACUCCCCCAACCUUCCGGCCCCAUCACCUCAGCUUCCCCCAGCCUUCUUCAGCUCCCCCAUCAGUGACAUGCCCCCUCUGGAGCCUUACUCGCCGCUGGGCCAGCGGGACCAAGGCUCCACCCAGGCGCAGGACGCACUGGGAGGUUUCUCCACAGGGGCUGCGGAUGGAGACGGGAAGGCAGGAGUCGCCGCUGGCGGGCUGGACUCGUUGUCCGAGUACACUCUCCCUGGGGGACGAGUGUGUCACAGCUUCAUCCCAGGAAUGCGCAACAACAGUGCACAUGCAAAUGGUCCAGCAGGAACAAACCUGUCUCUGCUCUCCAGGAAUCCACUGGCAGCCACGCAUGAGUUUCGGCAGGCCUGUCAUGCCUGUUACAGCCGAAUAGGUCCACGAGUGAUGGACUACAAGUAUCAGCCAGAGGCAGCUCACCGCUGUAAGAGAGAUGUGCUGCUGUGUCGCCUCAAAAACACAGAUGACCCCACCUGGAAGAGGAUCAGGCCCCGGCCCGCACGGAACAACUUCCUGGGGGCCUUUGUACUCUGUAAAGAGGUGCAGGAGCGUCAGGAGUGCCAGUACGGGGAGAACUGUACGUUCGCUUACUGUCAGGAGGAGAUUGACGUGUGGACGCAAGAGAGGAAGGGUGCACUGAGCCGAGAGCUGCUGUUUGAUCCGCUGGGCAGCACAGAGCGACGGGCGCUCAGCGUCACCAGACUGCUGCAGCUCCACAUGGGCAUGUUCAUGUUCCUCUGUGAGGAAUGUUUUGACAGUAAGCCUCGCAUCAUCAGCAAACGCAGCAAAGAAAACUUAGCUGUCUGCUCAAACCUCACAGCUCGACACCCGUUCGACGAUAACAAGUGCCUGGUGCAUGUGGUGAGGUCAGCCAAUGUGCGCUACAGUAAGGUGCGUCCCCUGCACCCCCUCUGCCAGUUUGACGUAUGUCGCCACGAGGUUCGCUACGGCUGCCAGCGUGAGGACAGCUGCUCUUUUGCGCACUCCGUCAUAGAGCUCAAAUGCUGGGUCCUGCAGCAGGAUACUGGUAUCACCCAUGAAGAGAUGGUGCAGGAGUCCAAGAGACAUUGGCAAAGGCUGGAGCAGAAUGCACAGAAGCAGCAGAAGCCUCUCCAUAUCCCCCACCCGAGCAGCAGCAUACCUGCAGGAGGAGGAGUAGGGGGAAUUGGGGGUGGAGGAAUAGGGGCGGACGGCCUAGGUGGCGGCGUGAGCCCAGUGGGAGGGGUUGGGGUUGGGGGGCUAGGAGCAGUAGCUGGACGGGGACGACCCCUCAACCUGAAAAUGAAAUUUGUGUGCGGCCAGUGCUGGAGGGAAGGACAGGUCAACGAGCCCGACAAGAACCUCAAGUACUGCACUGCCAAAGCACGGCACAGCUGGACGAAGGAGCGACGGGUUCUGCUGGUAAAAUCUUUUGAGAAAAAGAAGUGGGUUGUUGUUCGGCCUCUGCCUUUCUCUCGCACCUAUCCACAGCAAUAUGACAUGUGCGUGCAUGUGAUGAAGCAGAAGAAGUGCCACUACAUUGGGAACUGCUCGUUCGCUCACAGUCUGGAAGAGAGGGACGUCUGGACGUACAUGAAGAACAACAGCUUGAGAGACAUGCAACAGAUGUACGAACUGUGGCUGCAGCUCACCAAUCAGAGUAGACGCACAGAUAGCUCCGCUGUUACCCCGCCUCCAGAGGACAAGCAGGUCACUAUAACAGCGGAUUACACAGAAAGCAUGGGAGGCCGGGGUUUGUCAGAUGGGGACGACAUCUGAGUGUUGCCGUGUUGACCAGAGGCUGCCGAUCGCCGCCGAGCUGCAGCCAGAGACAGAGACAGGCCUGCGACACCAGCUACAACUGAACAGUCUGUCACCUUACCAGUCUGACCUCCUCUAGCAUCUAGCCAGCAGUGCGCGACCAGACGGACACACAGCAAAACAGUUGACCCCACACACGCACACACAUUCACUCACACACACACACACACACACACACACAUACACACAAACACAUUCACUCAGCACGAUACACAAAAUACAGGCACCGAUAAACACAAAGAGAAAGCUUUGUUAGUGAAAGUACAGGACUUAGCUCGAGCGUUUUGUUUGAUAUCAUGCUGCAGUUACACACAGCACCUUUAGGCUUCCCUCCACCACAUUGUUCCGCAGAAGUUCCACAGACAAAUACUUCUACUCUGACUGAAAUAAUCAACUAGUGUUCCCUGAGCAGUUCUGUGUCCACCAGGCACCUCUUUCAUUUUGUGUUUUUUCUUAAAUCCUCACAGCACUGAAACAGUCCUCGGUUGGGCGCGCUGGUCGCAGCUCUUAAAUAUUGCUUGGUGACAUUUCAGAAAUCAAAUUGAAGCUCAGCGCUCUUACACACAAAGUUUAAAAUGUAGUUUUUGAGUGCCAAAAGAAAACACAGAGCCCUCAGUGCUGUCGACGGCAGUCGAGACUGAAGAAACUAUGAAGCAUAAUUGAAAGAAGUUCAUGGUGGACGCUCCUCAUUAAGCUGCGAAACAACCAAAACCUACCCUCCUCCCUUCGUGGGAAUAUAGGGUCAAAAUAACUUUUUGGAGAUUAGUGAUUUUAAGGGUCGUUUUUUUUUCCAAGGGGAGUUGUACUUCCUUGUUAUAUUGUCUGCCAUAUUGGUAGAGUGCUAUGAAUGUAACGCCUGCGUGGGCCUUUAAUGAGGAAAUUAGUCAGUUAAAAAGUUUCUGUGGUUGUGGAAUGUAUGCAAGUAUACUUAGAUGCCCCCUAAACAAACAGUGUGUAACGUUAGUUUCCCCCCAGCCCUCUCUUUAUUGUUAGAGAAAAGGUGCUUAGGUAGCUGGUUAUAUACCAUACCAACAGUUCAGACAUGGGACGAGUACAGACACACACAAACAAACACACACCCUCACACAUUAACCUCGUAGUUGCUGUCAGCCAACGUCCAGGUGAAUCAGAGCAUGCUGGAAUGUCAGCACCUCUCGGGUUGACAAAAAGUGGGAUAAAAUGAUGAUAGGGCAACAAAAAAUAUCUCAACUAAACAUCUGUGGCUCAAUUACACAUGGCUCAGAGUUAUCGUUGCCAAAGAGACCAAGGGGGCUAUGCAGCGUCACAUGCUUUAAACCGUACUGGUAAGCAGCUGACAGAUGUGAAGCUGGUGCAGGCUACAGAGAAGCAACUGCAGCACGUGGAAGAUAAGGAAAAAAAAAAAAGUCCUGCCUGGAGCUGCUCUCAGCAGUAGAUCAGUUCAGACCACAGAUGCCCAUUAAGAAAUGAUGACCUCACUUGGACUGAAGCACAGAGCAAAUACUGACAGAAGACUUAAGUUGUGGAGGAAAUAAAAAGAUAACAGCUUUGUAGCAGUUUAAGGAAAAAAAGGUGUCCAGGUGAUUGAUAAUUUAAAGAGUGUAAAGCUGGUAGAAAAUGAUUGAGGAAAAGAUGAUUGAGAAUAUAUUUUUCUAGAGUUGAUCGUUAGAUUAUUUAAGAUAAUUUGAAUGUAAGGGCAAGCUGCCAUGUGUUCAGUUGAACUGGGGUCAUUAUUUCACUGAAAACCCACGAUGUUCCCACAGCCUUCAGAUGGAAACCUGUGUUCCUCAUGCACCCAAACGUUUUGUUCCUGACAGCUAACGGUAGCCCUGAGAUAAACCUUUUCAUUAUGGGGAAACCUGCUAGCUCGAGACGGGGAAACAAUUCGCACCACAUAUUGUGCCUAUAAACAACACAUCCACAUAUGACACACACACACACACACACACACAGAGGCAGGAUAUGUGUUGUCAUCAUAUUCUAGCCUUAAAGAUGGACGGAGACAAGAUGGAGGUAUGUCUAUAUUCAAAUACUUAUACACACAUAUUAUUCAUAUUUACAAAUAAUGGUAUACUACUAAUAAUAAUUGAUAACUUAGCGGUUAAGCUUAAUAAAUAUAUAACCUGAAAACCUGUAUUGAUUACAUAGAAGAAUUUCUUGUUAUUGAGGUAUUGCUAAAUGACAUGUAUCGCUGAACUAGAUGACUAUAGUGAUUUUUUUUUUUUUUUUUUAAAUGAUUCUUUUAUUUUGUAAUUUUUCCUUCUGUGUGGGUUGUUCCAGACAGGCUUUGUGUGAAGGGACUGCAGCAGAGAUUGAUUUGAGUUUCAGAGGGUUAUAUCUGUACAUCAAGAGCAGAGAAGUGGACUAAGUCACCCAACUGAGAGGGUUUUUUUUUUUGUUUUGUUUUUGAGUAUCAAAUCUUCUAGCUUCACCUCAGUUCAGCAAUUCGGCAAAUGAUAUUACACUCACGCAGUACUAAGAACAUUUUGGUUAAUGGGUGCAAAAGGCCAAAAAAUGAAUUGAAAGAAGAGAGAUUUUCCCUCAUCUGUGUUGUGAUGUUCCAGCUCUGUCUGCGGUCCCUCCAUUUAGGUCACUGGAUAAACAGAAAAUAGAUUAAUGGUCGCACCACCAAAGGCUGCAGUGUCUUAAUUAUCCAGCUCCCGAGAACUGACUUAAUUAGAAUCUAGACGGACAGCCAACGCUGUGCUGAGCCUAAAAUCAGCAGAUCUCAGAUCAGUUUUGCUGGUCUCUGAGCAGCCGCUUUGGGGACUGUUGUUUAAUGAGCCCUUGUCUGGAACAGCCCAGGUAUUAGCUUCUUUGAGGGAUCGUAUUAUUACUACUCCUAGUAUUAUGAUGAAUAUGAUGACGAUAAUGAUUGCUAUCUAUUGAAUAUUUCUAUUUCUCUUCUAUAUGCUAUUGAUAUAUGUAUGUUAAUUGCAAUGUAUAACUCUCUCUUUAUAUAUGUAUCCAUGUAUGAAUAUAAUAAUUUACAGUAAAUAUGCGUCUGUGUAUGCGGCAGUGCACAGCUCUGUCUGGGAGGCAGUGAGCAGGAAAACCUCAGCUUCUGAUAGUCACUGUAAGGUUGUUGAGUUUUUAAAUCCUACAGGUGGUGACCUCACUUAUCAGCUACCACCAGCUGCAGGUCGUCUGCAAUAUAUAUUAACGUUGUCUGAGCUCUGUUUGUAGGCCUUAGAAUAGUUUCGGCACUGGCCAAAGAGAAAAAUUAAGGAUAGCUAAUGAUUAAAGUAUAAAUAUGCUGUUGUUUCCUCCUUUUCAGUGUCGACCUACCAGCAGAGCUCUCCGCUCACUGCCUGUGCUGUGCAUGUUCGUUUAAUUUGAUUCUCCAGACAGAAGGACAGAUCUGGAAACAAAAGCAUACAUAGAGGCCUAUAUACUCCCGUAUAGCGCCUUAUUCGAUAUACUACACCUAUAAGAUGAUACAUACCCUUAUUGUAUAAUCCUGCUUACUAUAUACAGUAUAUGAUACCUGAUAUUAUAAUACUUAGACACCCUUAUAAGGUAAUUUAGAUAAGAGAUGGUGGAGCCGUUUUUUUUUUUUGUUUUUUUUCCUGUGGCUGUGGAAGAGUUUGCUGUGGUCAGUAAUGUGUUCCCAUCUUGUUUUUCAGGGAGUUUAAAAAAGGACAAGUUGUUAGGAGAGCGCCACGUACUCAAAUGCUCUUUAUCAUGCAAGCGGACAAAAAAAAAAAUUGUCUGUCCUUGUUUGAAAUCCUGCCUUUAGAGACCUGCUGAAAUGAAUUGUUUUCGCAGGAAAAACCGCAGAGCAUUUGAGGGGAGGCUCUUCUUUCAUUGUUGGAGAAAGACCAGCAUUAAUGAUGUAACUGACACUCACAGAAAAAAAAAGAAAAGGAAAACUUUGUCUGUGCUGCACGUUCUGUGUGUGUGUGUUGGUAAAAGGCAGGCGAAUCAUGACACAAAUUUAAAGGGGAGGCGGGUCGCUGCUACUGCAUCUGUAGGUUUACACUGUUGUGUAACUUCACUGUAUAUACUUUGUUCAGUCUACGGCACAACAGUUUCCUUUGGGAUAAACUUUUUUCUUAUUUUAUCUCUUAUCAAAUAUGGCUCACGGUUAAAGGGUGAGGUGAGUCCAUGAGACCUUAAGUUUGCCAGGCAGUGGAUAUUUAUUGCCAAAAUCACUGUAUCACUGUCCUUAUCUGUGGAAGCGAUCUGGUACUAAAGCGUUCAGUUUUUGUUGAUCUUUUUCGUCUUCCUUAUCCUGUGCAGCGUAAUCGAAGUCACGCGCCAACCAGAGCCAGCUGGAGACAGUUUUGGAAACUAAAAUGCAGCCAGGAAAACAAGAUCCUUUGAUUUGAAAAUGCUUGAAUCAUAACAAGUUGAUGAUUUUCAUCAGGGUGAAUUACUUAAUACCAAGCAACUUUCUGUUUUUUUUUUUUUUGUUGUUUACGUCAUUUUCUCUCUAGUGCUUAGCAAGUGUGGUUUACCUCGACUGGAACACACAUACUAUUCCUCACUCCUAUAGUAUUUAGUUUGUUAUCACACAGAUACAGCUAUGGCAUUUAACCAAUAAGCAACAUCAUGAACUGUUUUUAUUCAUUUGUGAAAGGCAGGAGGUCCAUGCUGAGUGCUAUAGUUUAUUUCUGCUGGUGAUGCCAGACCUCUGUGCAGGAUAAGGCAGGCAUAAGAUGCAAUUUACUGUUUUAAUGAAUUCAUGAAUGUGCUCAUAAAGAAAAACAUUUCAACUCGGUUAUUAUUUUUCUAAAAGUCACUUGACUUAAAGCUUAUGUCUGUCUGUGACUAAAGUGGCUCAUGUCCUGCGCAUUAGUUCUGGUUAUUACAUCCUGCUGCAGUUUAAUGAAAUGACAUGGUUCUCAGCUGUGAAACAGGAUCCUGCUCAGCAAAUAUUCAUGUGACCCCCAGCCUCUCCCUGCCUGGCCCCUGAUGCAGUUUGUGUCAUUGGAUUGGCAGCACCAACACACACCGACACAGCCACAAAUAACCUUAAUGAAUCGGUUCUCAAUCAGUUAGAAAAUUAUCGGUUAUGUGAAUUGUUUUCAACAACUUGGAUGAAGAAACCAGGGUUGUAAGAAGUG